AGAAAAGCAUACAAAAUUUGUUGUUCACUCAAAAUCGCUUAACAAAACCACUGUUUUGUAUAUUGCCAACAGCUGACCGCUGAGUAAAGAAAGGAAGGGAAAAUAAAAUGUCAAUUUCCAUUGGCGACCAUUGAACAUACCUCAUGCGUUAGCAGUAACUGUCAGAUCUACGCUAAAAGUCAUCGUCGCGAGUGCUAAGAGAAAGAAGAAAAAAUUUACAAAAAAUAAGAAGAGGUCAAGAAAAGUGGAUAAUUAAUUUGUAUAAAAAUAAAGUGGAAAAUUGCGUCUUAAAUCGAAGAAGAAAGGCCAUUUCAAAUAUACAAUUACUAAAAAGGCAAGAAUUGCGAAAGAAAAAAGGGCCCUAGUGAGUGUUACAGUGUUAUUGUGUGGCGGUGUUAGUGAAUGUGGCCACAAAGAAAAUAGGAAAUCCAAAAAGCACACAUAACAAAAUUAAAUAUUCGCAAAAAACAGAUUAAAGUUACCAGCAGCUGUUAUAUCAACGAACAGAGAUAAGACUAAGUGGAUCCAAGGCGUCGCAAGAGUUUUAGUUUCGUGGCCAGAUUAUGAGUGUGGCUCGCCACAUAGUUUUGCUAUCCCAGCUACCGAAAGCUGGUGUACACCAUUGUUGGCUAAGAGGUUUAUAUUGUCCCAAUCAUCAAUCAGGAUGUUUAUCAGCCUUAGCAACACGUUGCCACCAUGUGGCAACUAGUCCACGUUUCGAUAUUACCCUAGCACAUGCUGCCGGUGCAGGAAGUGGAGGUAUUGGCACUGGUACCGGUGGCACAGUUGGUGGGGGAAAUUCAUCCUCUUCCUCAUCGGCAUCUUCGGGCGGAGCCAGUGCCGGAGGUAGUGGCUCAAGUUCCGGAGAACCACCAAAUGAUAAAAAUUACCUACAAUGCCCGAAAUGCGGUAGUCCCUGCACCCAAGUGGAAACCUUCGUCAGCUCCACACGCUUUGUUAAAUGUGCCAAGUGCAAUCAUUUCUUUGUUGUAUUGUCCGAGGUUGAUACAAAACGAAAUAUCAAGGAGGAAGUGAAAAAUCAAAGAAAACCACCACCACCGCCUCAAAAAAUCAUGGAAUAUCUGGAUAAACAUGUAGUGGGACAAGAUUUUGCCAAAAAAGUACUCUCGGUGGCCGUCUAUAAUCACUACAAACGCAUUCAUCACAAUCUGCCGCAAGUGAGUCCACAACAGCAGCAAAUGGCCCAAAAUAGUGCCAUGAUGAAUGAUCCCAUGGGUACAAGAGGAGAUUUGCUACACAUUACCGGCAUAGGACACACCAUAGCUACAACGGGCACAGAGUUACCACCCAAACAAAGUCAGAGUACAACGAAUCACCAUCAUAGCCAUGAUACGGGGUCCGAGAUAUUGGAGAAACAAAACUAUGAGAUUAAAUUAGAGAAAAGUAACAUCAUAAUGCUGGGGCCCACAGGUUCGGGCAAAACCUUGAUAGCUCAGACAAUAGCCAAAUGUUUGGAUGUGCCGUUUGCCAUAUGUGAUUGCACCACAUUGACACAGGCUGGUUAUGUGGGUGAAGACAUUGAAAGUGUUAUUUCAAAGUUACUACAAGAUGCCAAUUACAAUGUUGAACGUGCCCAAACUGGCAUAGUUUUCCUAGAUGAAGUUGACAAAAUUGGUGCUGUACCUGGUAUUCAUCAAUUGCGUGAUGUGGGUGGUGAAGGUGUACAACAAGGCAUGCUCAAAAUGUUGGAAGGCACAAUUGUCAAUGUUCCUGAGCGCAAUUCACCACGAAAGUUGAGGGGAGAAACUGUACAGGUAGACACUACUAAUAUUCUAUUUGUUGCCUCUGGUGCCUAUACCGGUUUGGAUCGUCUCAUUGCCAGGAGGCUAAAUGAAAAGUAUUUGGGUUUUGGUGCUCCCACUUCGGGCUCUUCAGGUCGGCGUGCUGCUCAAUCUACAGCCAGUCCCAUGGAUGAUGACCAAGAGGAACGUGAUAAAUGUUUGACUAAAGUACAAGCUCGUGAUCUCGUCGAAUUUGGCAUGAUACCGGAAUUCGUUGGACGUUUCCCUGUGAUUGUGCCCUUCCACAGUCUUAAUGUAAACAUGCUGGUUCGAAUUUUAACCGAACCCAAAAAUGCUUUAAUUCCUCAGUAUAAGGCUUUGAUUGGUUUGGAUCAUGUCGAUUUGACAUUUACGGAAAAUUCCAUUAAAGCUAUUGCCGCCUUGGCCAUGGAACGGCAGACCGGAGCCAGAGGUUUACGUUCAAUAAUGGAACAACUUUUGCUCGAUCCCAUGUUUGAAGUUCCUGGUUCGGACAUCAAGACUGUUCACAUAACAUCGUCCUGUGUUAGGGGCCAAGCCCCACCCACCUAUAUACGUAAGGAUGAAACCGCUAGCACCGAUAAUGAUGACAGCGAAGAUAGUGAAACCACAAAGGUGCGUGCCACCCAAUAGGUUUGAGACAACAAUACGCCCCAAUUCCCCCAAAUGGUACGCUGUUCCAAGAUUUGUUUUUUCUCUUACCACACCCAGGCACUUUCCUUCCCUACUUAGUAGUGUAGAAUGCUAAGUUUAAAAUUCCGAAACGUUUUAAUCCGCGUGUAUUUAUAAAAUUAAAGUAAAAAACAAAAAAACAACAACAUGUAACGCAAUCAACCAACCAACCAA